AUGGGAAGAAUAAACUAUAAAACGUUUGCCAAGAGCAAGCCUUCUCCUCAUGAAACUUCAGUAUCUGACGAUUCAAUCACUUCUUCUGAUACCUCUUCAGAAUCCCAAAAGCAGGUGCUACUGGCUUCAAAUCCGAAAGCCAUGUUAUUUGUGUAUUGCCGUAGAGGAGUUUUGGUUCUGAUAGCUGCUUUACUACUCUUCUUGGCCAUAUUCAUCCCAGUAACUCAUGCUCAACAACAUCACCGCCACCGAGACACUGCAGCAAACAUUAUUCACGAACCUAUUCAACCUCCUUCAUAUCUUCUUGCGGUACGAAAUCCCUAUCUUUCGGCCUGGAUCCCAAGUUCUAUCGCCGCCAACAUUAGCGCUGGAAAUGCGCAGUUUUGGACGGGCCAGAAUUUGAUAUGGAGCGUUAUUGCACGUUGUCGACAAUGUUACAUGGAAUCUUUUCGGAGUGGCUACCCCAGGAGCUGGAUCACACCUGGACUUUUUCUCGCCUGUUACUUGACGAUCUCUGCUGAAACUGCCGCAGCGACUGAUAUUCAGAUCUAUUCUGAUAUUGGUGGCACUUGGACUGGCCAGACCCUCUCCUCGUCUCGGAGCUUCACUAAACAAAACACCAUCUCUGCAUUUUCCAUCAAAGCCAACAAUCGAGCAACGUACUUUGAGGCUUCCGAUCAAGCACUCUGGGGAGAAGCCAUUUACUCAUUCAUCUCAGCCAUCAUCCACCUCAACUCUUACCAUCGAAUCAGGUGA